AUGUCACAAAUAACAUAUUUAAACAAAGAAAAAACAAAAGGAAAAUAUAUUUACCCAAAUGGGAACAUAUAUGUAGGAGACUUUAAAAAUGAAAAGUUUCAUGGGGAAGGUGUUUUAAUUUUUAAGGAAAAUGGAAAAUAUAAAGGAUAUUGGGAAAAUGGUAAAAAUGUGUGUGGCCAAUAUUAUUUUAGUGAUGGGUUACAAUAUGAAAAUAAUUGGAAAUAUUUAGUUGAUAACCCAUAUUUUUAUAAUGAAAAAAUUAACAGCAAUGAAGUUAUUUACAAUGAAGAAAAAAAAAAUAUUUACUUGGACAGAAUUUAUGAUAUAGGGGAUGGAUACUGUAAUAUUGAUGAAAAAAUUGUCUAUGAUUUUAACGAUAAUAAGGAAAUUAGAAAAGUUAAUGAAAGAGAAAAAAAUUGGAUAAAAAAUCAUUGUGCAAAAUAUUAG